AUGUUCAUGAUGUAAAAUUUAAAACUAUUCGGUGCACUCGGUUUGGAGAAAAGUUUCAUGAACGAUUUACUCCUCGGAUGCCACUUUCACAUCCCCUUAAACACGCGUCCUCCGCUAGUGACGACUCGCGUUACGUUGCGAACCGCGUUUUUUAAACCGAGUACAAGCAACUCCCGUCUAAGUCGACUCUCGUUGUAAUUGUGUAAAGAAAAAAAAAAAGUGGUACAGCUUGUCGCUAGGAGAUAUUUUUACCGUCUUAAGGAGAGGCGUUUACGGAGGCAUUUAAACGAAUUAAACGGAAAAAAACGGUUAAUUGUAUUUAACUCUCUCGAUACUCUCAGCUUGUGAAAUUUAAACUAAAGCAGGACCCCUCUGCCGAUUUCCAAAUAAUGAAAGAGUAUAUCGUCGAUGUUCACCGACCGAAACAUUUCCGAGGAAACGUCGAGAAAGAAAUGUAUCGCGGGUUUUGUUGUUCAAGAUUUCACGCUUUGUUGUCAGGAAGCGUUAAUCAUUAACAGCAAAAACAACGAUAAUUUUCUGGACAACCUGAUAAUAUCCCCGUAUCUUGAUAUCGUUUAAACCGGUAAGUCCAUUUACUUUUACGAAGUUAUCCUGAAUUUACGUUUGGUCUCUUUUUUUUUUUUUUAAAAAAAGACGCGGAAGAGUUUUAGACAAAUUCAUGAGUCUCGACUUUUCGCUGCGUCUCUUUACUCCAAACAAGUAUAACUUAUAAAAAUUGGAUGACUUGAUCGGGAAUUAAAAUAAAUUAUAAUAACAUGAAUUCAUAACUUCGCAAAUCGAAUUUGUUGGACCUGGUGGCCGAAACGAUACAAAGAUACAAAAAUGUGUCGGAAAAUAUUGGAGUUAAUAUCGACGUCUCGUGCGAUCCGUUUAUUGUAAGUGUGCAGGAUAUGCGCGGAACGUGUCGCCUUUAUUUUGAUUAUCGUAUUGGUAAAAGAUCGAUGCAUUUAUAAAGUUAGUCAUUACACUCGUAAUUACUGAUAGUGGCCACGAUACGAAUUCGUGGGGAACGCGGAGCGUUUUCGAAACCCCGGAAGCGCCCUCAAAAAGGGAGAAUGAGAGAGAGAGAGAGAGCCGGUACGUUGCCAGGUUUUAUAUUCUAUAAAAAUUUAAACACUAGGUACCCUUGGAACCUCUAGUAUAAGGAGUAACUUAAUUUCACACUUCGAGACUCUUUCGUGCUCCCAGAGGCCCCUCGGAUUAGCGCGACCGAGUAGCAAAGGGCCUCCUCGCUGCACAGGAACCGUGUGUCUACGGAAUACGUAUUUCUAGAGAUUCUGGUAUGUGCUCUCGUGGCGGAGUUCCGUAAAUCUGGAAAGUAUGUAUAUGUACAUUAUAUUAUGUGAAACAGGAUGUCUUAUAAAUAAAUAGCUAUUACGACGCAGCUUCGAUUACCGUGUCAAGGGACGCCCGCGGACUAACGUGGCCGAUGUCCCACUUCGGGCUACUAUAACUGGAUCAACGCUGGAUUUACGCGUUAAACAACUGGACCGAGUUAAGAUCCACCUCGGUGAAAAUAAGGGACUAAAAAUCGACGAUUACCCGUGAGUGGAAAAAAUACCCGCGGAUACGUACUCUUACCGUUUACGAGUCAUUUAAAAAUCGUCGUCCAUGAUAGUCCGAUAUUUUCUCAUAAAAUCAACGCAGUGGUCAUCGACAAUUUUCCUGUAAUAUUUCGCCAUUAUAUAGUCAAGUACACCUCGUACAACCUGUUCUUAAGUCAUAAAAAUCAGGUCCAAAUCAAAUGCAUUAAUUACUCGAACCUCAUUCACGUAUGAAUUAAUGUAGGAAGCACUUACCGGAAACACCCUCUAUCGAUCGACACGUAUGUGCAUGAAUUUAGCGCGAAGCUCUACCGACUUCCUCGAUCGGUGAAUUCCAAUUAAUCGUUGCAUCGAAUUGCAAAAUUAAUUUUCACUGUCUAAAGAUCGCGAUCGAAUAAUAUAGCCUUCGGACACGAGGAUUGAUCGAAACUCAUUCACCCAGGUAUCAUUUAUUCGGGAGGCGCAGCCGGAAACAUCCUCCAUCGAUCGAUAAAGAUAUUAAAGUAAUUGGGGCCGGAAAGCCAGACAGAUGGACCAUCCUGUCCAUACAUAUAGCGAUCCCAGGAAACUAGGUUGCAUCGCGCUUGCAUCAAUCGUAACGGGCGGCUGUGAUUGGUCGAGCCGGCGAGCCCCCACCCCGCCAGCCAAUGGCAAGCCGUAUUGAUUAAUCCUUCGCGAUCGAGGGGAAUGCCGGGGGACGCCGGACGCCCCCGCCGCCGCAAGCGCUCGGACUCCCCGGCAGAUGGCGCAUCGGUCGCCGCACCCCUCUGCUGAACUGUCAAAUCGUGAAAGGUUGUUUGUAUACGAAAUUUUUAUCGGUGCUCAGUGCUUUACCGGUCGUUCCUGUUGGAUUAAUAUCGCCAGGAUGAAUCGUACCAUGGACGAGAAGGAAGAACUGGUGAAAAAGUCACUGUUUAGCUUUGUGAGAAAACAAGUUCCAACUGCACAAUUAAGCUUAAUAGAUGACAUCGUUCUUAGCUACGUAGUAAGCAUGGUCGAAGAGAGUGCCAUGGAGGAAGAACUAGAUGUCGAUGGAUUAUGCGAAAUGGUAUCCGCCUGCCUUCCUGAAUUCUCUACUAUUGAAAAGGAUGCGGUGUCGAAGUGGUUGCUCGACAUAGAAAGCAAACUACGUCAAGGGAGUAAAGAAAGUGAAAACGGUCAGCCCCAUGACCCAUUGAGUCACAUAAGUUUAACGGCGCUGUUACCACCCGAUGCCCAGAGGAUACGGGUACACCAUCUCUCAGAAACGAGUGAUGCUGGAAGUGAUUCUAGUGGAGAAUACUUUUCAGAGCAGCAGGAAUCAUCCUGGCAUCAGGUAGCUCUUCUCCAAGAAAUGUUUCCUGGAGCAAGCCCAGCCGAAGCACGACAUUGCCUGGCAGUCGCCGGAGGAGAUAUCGCCGAAGCAGCUCAGCUCGCACUUCACAGGCAGGAAGCUGGGCAAAGUCUCGUCAGCAAUCUCACGUUCCUUACACCCAGUGGUCGUAACAAAGCAAGAGUCAACGACGAAGAGCUGAAGUCACGCAUAAUAGCUCGAUAUAGUUACGUGGACAGGGAUGACGACUCUCGAGAACACCGACCUGUUGCGCCGAAAACGGAACCGAAGAAAUUGGUUCGCUAUCUAGACAACAAGAUCGUGAGUGUAAAAGGCGAACGAUACACGGAAGUUCGAAGGGGCGGUGAAGAAGAGGACGGAAACGAGGGAGGGAGGAAGAGAGGACACUGUCGUCCGUAACCAGUCCCUCCGCCUCCACCCCCUGAUCCACCCCCUUGGAGGCAUCUGAUUUCAAGUUAGAGAGGUUAACUUAGAUUUCUUCCUUCUCGAUUGAAUUUACUCCAGAAAGUAGUGGACAUCGGAGCACGCAUUUAAACAGCCUCUCUCGCUUCGUUGCUUUAAGCGUAGGCCUCACUUCCAGGAAACCCUUUGUCUAGUGAUUUAGAAUGUUACUUUUUGUGAUACAAACCCACAAAGAAAGGUUAAUUUAAAUCGAACCAACACCUUCGUAGCGAAGGGUGGUCCUUUCGAUGGUACUCGAAAUGUCUGCACAUGUCCCGUGUCCAUUACUUGAUGCGUAAGUAAAUGGGGUAACAUCCUUUCGAUCGAGCAUGCCAAUGGCCACAAUGCAUAUGUUUUAUAUGCAAGCAAUGGGUACAAUACGCAGAGUCAGUGGGAAUGAUUUUCAAUCGAAGAGCUGACGUGUGAUGAGGACAGUGAUUUUGUGGGACCGCUAGAAGACUCGCAGCUGCGAAUAUGCACUGUAUGCGAUCUCUUCGGAGCUGCGGAGAGGUGGGAUCCUUAGGAUUUUAAAAUCCUUCAACUUUCAUGACAAUUAUUAAGAAUAAUAUAGUCUGAGGUGAUGUCGCGGAUUACCGACUAUUAUUGGCAGCAUCGCUCCGUCGACGAUAAGCAUUUUUUUUUUUAUCUAGCUAGCUACGAUUGAUUCGGAAUUUAGAGCUGCACAUUUUUCUUAUAUAACUAUAAGGUGUACAAGUGCAUGUAAGUAAGCUGGCUAUUGUAAACUCGUCGGAUUCUACUCGUUUAUAGCAGACUUAAAAGUGUCGGUUUCAUUCACCGUAGUCGGUUCAGUUGGCUUCUUUGCCAUUGCUUAUGGCACUUCCUAAUUUAAUUUAAGAACAUAUGAAUGAUCGCGUUCACUCGACGUUGUGGCACUGUCCUUCCUAUUUUUUUUUUUUUUUCCCUUUGGUCAAAGUGCGAAUUUCACCGAAAACGUUAACUGCAGCCUGUGAGAACUGAAAAUAUACAGGCUCAUGUUUUCGCGUAAGUCGUAGAAUUUCAUUACCGCUGGUUUUUUCAGUACGAAAAUAGAAAUUAUCUCGAUCGCCUAUAAGACUUGAAUUUAAAAACGCAACACGCACCAAGUGCGUGGCGGGUAAAAAAGUGAAUUUUAAUUUUAAUCGUGUGAAUCGGGUGAAUCAUGUAUUAUGCAGUGAUUAUUAGAUUAAUUCGAGGAUUAAUUACUCUAAUUGUCGUACUUCCAUUUAUGGAUUAAUUUGAUCUACGAUAAAAAGAUUUUUUUACUUUAUGUGUAAUCUUACGAAACAUUGGCAUUACGAGCUGUUAAAGAAACGUGCAAACACUGAUGGUUUAUAUACAAACAGUCGCUAUUUUUCUCGCUUUUCUUGGUAGAUCUUUUAAUGGAAAGUAUCUUGGAUCAAUUUUGAAUAACGAUAACCGAUUAAAUCCGUGACACGUGGAAGAAAUCGAGGAUUUAAUAAUUUUACAGCCAGUUCUAAGCCUCGAUGUCGAGGAAAUCGCAGAUUGCUAAUUUUUUGUGCGUACAGUGCUUUUUGGGUACGAAAUUACCGGUACAUAGUUAUUGAGUAACAAAGUAUAGUGUAUGUAUGUACACAUUAGUUAGGCAACAAAUUACGUAUCGUAAUAUUUAGGCGGAACGAAAUUUGCUUACCACGCCAUAUGAUUUACCAGUAUUACUACCGUUAUCGCUAUUAAUUAUUACAGACUUUAAAGUAAGGAUAAAUUUACGAUCACUAUAUCGUGUAAAACGUAAUAGACGGUAGCCAAUUGACACUCAUUUGAAUAGGAUACGGUUAAACUAAGAGUCACGAUAAAGUUAUAAACUAACGUCACCAUACUACGCUGAUACAGAAAACUACAACUUUAUCUGAUACAUUGACUGAAACAUAUAGAUGAAUUUAUUUUUUUUUAUUUUUUUUUUCACUAUCGACAUCCCGGUGAAGCACUUUCUUCUUUUUUAUCCCUUUUUUUUUCUCACAAAUAUUUCAUUAGAUUAAGGUAUGCCAUGCAUCACGGUAGGAAAUGAAUUUCGAAAUGGAGAAUCUUAAAGUCAAGUAACGAAAGUAACAUUCUGAGAAACAAGUACGAGGGAAAUAAGAAGAGAAUACUUUUGUAUCUGACAAGAAUUGUUUCCCUGCAUUUUUUAAAAAGACUUUUAAAACUUAUUAGAACAGACUUAACUUGUCGCAUUACUGACAAUGGAUAAAAUGAAUUAACGAGGUCAAUACCUUUGUCGAUACUUUCAUGCUGUGUCUAUAAUUUUGCUGUGACAGUUGAAUUUCAAUUCCUAGGUGAAUGUUUUUAGUUAGAUCUAAAUGUCAAUUAUGCAUUAUCAAGCUUUCGUUAUCAUCUCCAUAAAUACGUUUCGAAGAUAUUUUACCAACCCAUAUUUUACCCUUCCAUAAGAAAUUUGAAGUUAUCGGGUGGGAAAAUAUUAAACGUUAAUCAUAAACAUGUAAUUUGGUACAGUGCUUUUUGAUAUGUAUUUCAAAUGCCAUUCUGAGUGAGUAGAUUUAUUUUGAUAGAUUUAUCACAAAUUGUUAUUUGUUGAUGAACGAUGUCUUAAGAGGGACUUUUUACGAUAUACGAUCUUUACAUGUUUACGAUAAGCAUUUAAUAUAUUUUAUUUGUACCACUUAGCGAUUAUUAAACAUGCUGCAAUGGAACACAUUAGUCUUUAUAAUGUAUGUCUUGCGAAAUCUCAUUUUCUGAGAUUUUAUGUAGUUCACAGUGAUAUAUCGAUAGUUUUAUUACGUGAGCCAGUGGGCCGGCCCUUGCCAUAGUUAACAAAUUAUUAACUGUAUAAAAAUAAGGAGUGUGAAUAUUAUGCAGAUAUUCCACUGAACUAUAUUCGCAGUAAACUGGAGAUAUAUUCGAUCGUUUGUAACAAAUUCUGGUAAAGAUACGUUUUGACAGUGAAUGAUCUGCUGAUUAAUCUUUUUUUUUUUUAAGUGUACAAGUUCCUCGAUGUGUGAUAUGUUUUUCACGUUUGUUUUACUUAUGAUAUGUACUAUUGAUAAAAGCAUGCAUCACGUGUUAAAAAAUUAUAAAGAAGGGUUGCAGAAUUCAAUUUUUUUUUUUUAAGUCAUUUGUUCAUUUUUAAUGCACUCUCUCUCCGUGUCAUUGAUUAUGUUUAUACAAAUAUUGACAAUGUCGUUGAAUCGACAAACGUGCAAUAUUUCUUUGUCUUUUCUUUUUUUUUUUUUAAAUGGAAAAUAGAAUAUAUACAAUUCUGUGUAAAAUCAUGUUUAUUCCAUUUCAUUGAGAAAAACAGAAACACCGAAUACUACAGUUUGCAGCGAAGAUUAUUAAAUUCCACGCUGUUAGUUACUGCGUGUAAUUCAUGUGGUGAUUUAUUGUAUUUAAUUAAGUCACAGAUACCAUAAGUCAUAGUCGUUAGUCAACAUUGUUAUCCUAGCGGUAGUUAUUACAUACUCGUACAUUUAAAGUCUUGUCGAUUGCUAGACAUGUAAUUUUCAUUUAAAUUAUUACAAAGAAACAAAUCGUAUUAUCAUUUCGCCCCAUACUGUUCAGUCGUUCUUUUAAUUUCACAAACUUGACGAGUGCACAUCGGACAGAUAUUCAAUCAUAACACAUCUUUAUGGGAAAAGUACUAAUUUGGCUAAUAAUAAAAGAACCGUCAAGUAUGUAUCUAAAGUUCGGAGUGUUCCGUGAUAUUUCAAAUUAUCGAAAUUAUUAAUCCAAAUACGUUCAAGCGAUCGUUGUAUAAAAUAUUUGUUCCGCUACCUUGUAAGCUUUAACAAGUACAUUAUCCGGUGAAUUAAUCUUAUUUAGAUUUAGAUCACUUAUUGUUAAACGUUUGUUCACGUGGCGUUCCUCACUUUGAUAUUCAUAUGUACCGUUACUGCAUUUUUCUUCACUGACUUAACUUAUAAUCAUGUUAAACUGUCACUCUUCCUUUUCUACGCAAUUAUACUCACGGCAAUUUAUUAUAAACUGAUAGAACGUUAAACUGUGUUCACGAGCAGAGCAUGAGAUAGUAAUUGCAAUUUCGUUCGUUUAUUCACGAUAACUUCCAAUAAAGUGUACAGAUUAGGAUGCACCACCUCGAUGCGUAGAAUAAGAACUGAAUGCAAAUUGUAUAAUAAGGAAGAACUGUUUAAAACUCUGCAAACCUCUGUUGGCUAAGUUCCGUGCGUGUUAAACUUCGGCGAGGGUAUUGUAAAAAGCUUGUAAAAAGCAACGCUGCCUCUUGAAUAUCGCUUAGAGUUCAUAUUUUGCAGCCACUCGAGAAGCCUCUCAUUGGCGUAUCAUUUUGUGCAUUGUAACUAACCUCUAAUUUACAAAGGACAACACGUGGAAAAAAAAUUGUCCUCAUUUGUAUUACAUGGUUCCGAUGGAACUAUGUUUAGUGCCACAUUAAGAUCGACAAUUGUUGAAAAUCACAGUGCAAAGGGUGUUUUUUUACGUAGCAAACACUGGCUGUUGAUAAUCCAUCGUUGAUUUGUUACCUUGUCUUCACAUUCUGCGAUUACGUCAUGACGUUAAUAUCUUCAAAAGCUCGAUUGCAUUUAUUAACACUAUGCAUAGUUUCUUCGAUAUCUAUCUUACGUCCAAGUAGUCGACAGUAGAUGUUAGUUUAUUUGGUGAUUAUUAAUCAGCACUGCCUUGUAAAGGUGAAAUUAUUUGCUUAAACCUUUUAAAGCGUGUGUGACAUUUGAAGAAUUGUAUGUAAGGAUUCUUCUAAUCUAAGUAGCAAUGUGAAGUCCUCGGAAACUGAUACUUCUGAGUGAUACAGGCUUAUUUAUCCUUCUCUGACUGGCUACGUCAAUUUUACUUGGCACGCAGCCUCUGAUUAUUUAUAUUGAGCUUUUUUUUACAUAUAUGUAUUUUUAUUUAUAGAGCACUCGUAAUGUCGGAAGCUCGUUAAGAACGUUUGCAGCACUGAAAGGUAAAGCUGUACAGGAACAGCGAGGAUUUUUACGAGUUCAGUUUUUCCAUUGUCGCGUAGUUGUUGGUAAUUAAUCGUAAAUUACCACUAGUAUCUUAAGAGAUGUGACCUUAAGAACAGCGUCUCGUUAUAUUUUUAUUUCUCCUCAGUCGGAACCAACGCUUCCGAGUUUCGAUGAAUGUAGCGUUAAAUAAAUCGAUGAAAACCGUC